AUGGAAGUGGCCUGGGAGCGUGGCGGUGAGGCCGGAAACGGAACUUUGCUCAACGAGUUGGACUCGGGCCCGGGCAGGCCUCCCGUCGUCAAGGAAACGGUUGCCGGGGCGAGACCUCCCGGUGCAGGGAGCGCUGGACCGCUCCUCCGCAAGGGAGCGGUUGGCACGGCAACCGGCACCUCCUCCCAGGGCCCGCACGGAGUGGGGGGCGGCAAGAAGGGGGGCGGCCGGGUGGACGCCGCGUCGAAGGUGAGGACGGACAAGGCCCCGCGGCUUUUGGGCCACCAGCGCGAGCCGGCGGGACGCAUCGCACGGCCCCCCACGGCGCGGCCCCCCACGGCGCGGGACGAGCGAACGCCACGGCUGCCCCGACCGGAGGGACACCGCCGCCAAGCGGUCACGGAGGAGAGGAACCCCCACCUGCACUUUGUCCGAAUCGAGUGGGGCAAGGAGAUCUUCCUCAUCCCUGGACUCCCCGGUCCCCGUGGGGACCCGGCCGGGCUGGUGUUGGGGGGGACCCUGGCCCUCCUGGGCCCCCCGGCCUUCCGUCCAUCAUCGUUGUCCACCGGGAGCCGGGUGACGACUGGAGUUCCAUCAAGAGACAUCAGGGCCCUACGGGCCCCAUGGGGAGGACAGGGGACGCAGGCUCCAGGGGACCGCCGGGAAUUCCGGGAAACGACGGAGAGAAGGGGGAGCGAGGCAGGCCGGGGGAGUCGGGCCUACCAGGCCUCACCGGGCCUGCAGGCCGGCCCGCGCCCGACGGUAUCCAAGGCGAUGAUGGCGAGCAAGGACCCCUGGGGCCGCCCGGAGAGCCCGGACCGCAGGGAGACAAAGGGGAGAGAGGGCCACCCGGAGAGAAGGGAGACCAGGGCUACCGUGGUGAUGUUGGUGAUGCCGGCCCAAAGGGCGAGCGAGGACCCAAGGCGAGUGGCUGUCCACUCCGUGCUGUCCACUACGUGCUAUGGAGAGAAGGCUGAGCCCGGGCUGCCGGGAGCUCUGGGAGCCGUGGGCCCUCCCGGCGUCAAGGGAGUCGCUGGGCCUGCCGGUGCCACAGGGCUCCCCGGGGAUUACGGAUUCGUGGGUUUGCAGGGUCCCGCCGGAGUUGAGGGCAUGAUGGGGCCCCCCGGUCCAGCCGGGGACCCCGGGGUCAACGGCUCCCAGGGCGACAGGGGCAGCCCUGGGCCUCAAGGACCCAAAGGACCCCAGGGUCCGCUGGGAAUUAUGGGAGAAACGGGGCCACGUGGGGCGACAGGGAAACAGGGCAGGGGCGGCAGCGAUGGCCCGCCUGGUCUCAGAGCAGACGAGGGCCCACCCGGGGUCACGGGAGAGCGAGGCGAGGAUGGCGCUGAGGGCUACAAGGGCGUGUCCGGCUUGUCUGGCAUCACCGGGCCACGUGGCGACAAGGGCCUCAAGGAAAGGAGCGGCCACCGUGGCGACGUGGGAGAGAAAGGCGAUCAGGGUGUCCCUGGCUGGAGGGGCCCCAAGGGAUUCUCCGGCUUCCGGGGUCCGGCCGGCCACCAGGGAUUCCCGGGGCCCAAGGGGAGGUCGGGCCCAGUGGGCUCCACGGGGCUGGAGGGGCCCAUGGGGGCGCAGGGAAGGAAGGGGAAAUUGGGCCCCAAGGGAGACCAGGGCGUGAUUGGCUCAAAGGGCAUCUCAGGAUCUCGAGGCGUCCGUGGACGGACCGGCCAACGUGGGCUCGUCGGCUUCCCGGGGGCUCCGGGCGAGAAGGGCACGGGCGGAAGGGAGGGAGCAGAAGGAAAACCGGGUACCCAGGGAGCGCCCGGAGUGACGGGGAACGCGGGGAGGAGGGGGUUCAGGGGCUUCAGAGGCCUACCGGGACUCAGGGGGGUGGACGGUUCCCUGGGGCCAACGGGACCUCGCGGUUUACCGGGGGCCGCCGGCAACGCGGGCAACCCGGGGGAGAAGGGCCUCCCAGGAAAGCCAGGACUGCCCGGCAUACAAGGCCCCGUCGGCACCUAUGGAUUUCCCGGCAGCGGUGGCGAGGGAGGCGUCACCGGUUCCCCAGGGCCCAAGGGCGAGGUGGGGAAGCAGGGAGCUCCGGGGAAAUGGGGACAACCCGGACUUAAGGGACCCCGAGGGAACCCUGGAAGCUCCGGGAAGCCAGGUCCCCAGGGGAAGCCAGGGCAGCCUGGAGCCAAGGGCUUCCAAGGGCAGCCGGGCCUCUCUGCAAAGCCCGGAGUGGAUGGUGAGACGGGGAAGCGAGGCCCGCCCGGGACCCUCGGCCCCGCAGGCCCGAGAGGGCCUCCCGGGCCGCUGGGCCUACAGGGUGAACAAGGUGACCCCGGUCUGGACGGCCAACCUGGAGACAAGGGAGAUGUGGGAGGACGGGGCCCCCCCGGGGAGCCAGGAGUGUCCGGGCUCGACGGGGAGCAGGGCCUUCCCGGUGGGGAUGGGGUGAAAGGAGAGUCGGGAUCUAAAGGACCUCUGGGAGACAAGGGGGAGCGCGGGAGCUGGGGCCCGCCGGCUCCCAAAGGAGACAGCGGAGAGCAGGGGAGCGUGGGCCCCCGGGGGGCGUCGGGACCCCCAGGGAGAGAGGGCGCGAGCGGACCGGGAGGCCAACCUGGAGCGCAGGGCCCACGCGGAGAGAAGGGUCCGCCCGGACAGAUUGGCCCUCCGGGCUCCGUUGGCCACAUGGGAACGAUGGGAAGCCCGGGGGAGACUGGUCCCAAGGGCGAGAAAGGCAACCGGGGAUUGCUGGGUCAGCCUGGACUGCAGGGGUCAAGCGGAGCAAGCGGACCCCUGGGCAUCCCCGGCCCCCUUGGCGAGCGAGGCUCGGAGGGGAAGGAGGGAAACACGGGAGACAAGGGCGACACGGGGCCAGACGGGACCUCGGGACCGACUGGAGCCGCCGGACUCACGGGCACAGGCGGCGUGCGUGGAGACAAGGGCGAGCCGGGGGGAGGAGGAGGCCGCGGAUCGCUCGGAGAUCCCGGGGGCGCCGGAGUGGAUGGCCCCAAGGGGGACGUGGGCCCUCGGGGUCCCAAGGGGGAUGCGGGAGCCAAGGGGAAGCCAGGGCCCCCGGGCGUUGAAGGCCCUGCUGGUCCACCUGGCCCACGGGGACCUCCUGGCAUCCCAGGAGCCGAGGGCUCACCAGGACCCCAGGGGCAGAAGGGGGAGGCGGGGAGAGACGGCGUGCCGGGGCCCCGUGGCCCGCUGGGUGCCGACGGCUGGGACGGACUCAAGGGAGACAAGGGAGACACGGGCAUCGACGGAGACCCGGGCACGCGGGGCCCGCACGGCAUCGUGGGAGAAGAGGGCAAGCCGGGCAUCGAAGGGGACCGCGGAGAGCCGGGCGCCAAGGGGAAACCGGGAGCCCAAGGCCCUCGUGGGAUUCCAGGCCCCGUGGGUCCCCCGGGCAUCCCGGGACUGAGGGGAGAGAAGGGGAAAGCGGGAAGGAAAGGAGAGAAGGGCGAGACCGGACAGAAGGGAGAGCCUGGAGAACCGGGAGAAGCUGGAAUCAAGGGUCUCACGGGGAAACUGGGGAAGAAGGGGACGCUGGGACAGAAAGGCCUCCAGGGGCUGAGCGGCGUCUCUGGACCCCCGGGACUCUUGGGACCCCCAGGAAUGCCGGGACUGUUUGGAAUGAAGGGAGAAAAGGGAAUCAAGGGAGAGAGCGGACCCAAGGGAUCGCCCGGCCCCCCGGGCCGGCCGGGGCCUCCCGGCCCACCGGGCCCCAGCGUGGUCGCCACCGGAGCGGCCCUCGUCAAGAUGCUCUCUGCGGGCUCCGCGGCCUCGGGGCUCGAGUCCACGACGACGCGGGGGCCCCCCUCUCCCCGCACGGCCGGGCCCCCCAACGCGCGCGCCGUCGCCAACGACGCGGACUCUGCGCUGCUGGCGCCGCUGCUGGCGAGGCUUGGCGCCCUGGGGAGCCGGGCGGAGCUGGCGCUGGGCGAGCUGCAGGGCACGCGCCAGCGCCCCGCCACCACCUGCCGGGACCUCGCACUCUGCCGGCCCGGCCUCAGCGACGGGUUCUACUACAUUGACCCCAACCAGGGCUGCCCCCACGAUGCCCUGCGUGCCUUCUGCAACUUCACCGCUGGCGGGGCCACCUGCGUCUCCCCGCUCACCGCCUCCCUCAAGGUGCCGUCGGUGACCCCAGACGCGGGAGCGGGAAACGGUUCCGACACGUGGCUCCAUGGCACCCCGCUACAGGAACAGGUGGCGUACGAGGGUCUGCACACGGUGCAGCUGAAGUUCCUGCGGCUGCACAGCACGGGGGCCAGGCAGGGCGCGACGGUGCCGUGCGCGAGGACGGCGGCGGAGGCGUCGUCGUGGCGCGUCUCCCUGCUCGCCGACAGCGGGGUGGCGCUCACGCACGGCCACCCCGACGUGUCGCUGCCCCACGCGCCCUGCCAGGGCCAGGGCGCGGAGGUCGAGGUGGAGGUCGAGUUGGAGGUGCGCACCGAGGACCUGGAGCUGCUGCCCCUCCGGGACGCGGCCGUGACGGCGGCGGACGGCGGCCGGCGGGACGAGCGCCCGGCCACGCUGGGGCCCGUGUGCUUCCUCUGACAGCGGCCACGACUCACCCCCCCCCACUCCCUCCCUGCACCCCCCACUCCCUCCCUGCACCCCUCGCUCCCUAUAACCCCCACUCCCUCCCUGUGCCCUGCACUCCCUCCCUGUGCCCCGCACUCCCUCCCUAC